AUGCCGAGACGAAUCAACAACGACAACAACAACCGUGAAGAUAAUUAUAACGAUGGAGUAGUAGCAAAAGAGGAGAAUGGUGGUGAAAAGAGUUUGAGAGGGAAAACAAAGAAAGGGCCAUGGACAGUUUCGGAAGAUAUAAUGUUGAGAGAGUAUGUGAUGAAGUACGGUGAAGGGAAUUGGAACUGUGUGCAAAAGAAUUCAGGGUUGGCAAGGUGUGGCAAAAGUUGUAGGCUUAGAUGGGCCAAUCAUCUUAGACCUAAUUUGAAGAAAGGUUCAUUUUCUAAAGAAGAAGAAGAUUUAAUUGUUCAACUUCAUGCUAAACUUGGAAACAAAUGGGCUCGAAUGGCCGCACAGCUACCUGGGAGAACAGAUAAUGAAAUAAAAAACUUUUGGAACACUAGAGUAAAAAGAUGCCAAAGAGCUGGGUUGCCACUUUAUCCACCACAAGUGUUGCAUGAAGCCAAUGUAUACCAUCUACAACAACAUCUCAAACCUCAACCUUCUUCUUCUUCAUCAUCAUCUUUCUCAUUUUCUCCAUUAUUUAUGUCUUCCUCUAACCACCAAGAAAUCAAUCAACUAAAGCUAAUAGCCCACCCUUCUACAAAUCAACAUUCCUCUUGUUUAUCAUAUAAUAAUCCACAACCAUACCCACAAUUCAAGUUUCCAAAUGAAAACCCUAAUAUUACAAAUAGUGGAAAUUUAGGGUUCCCAUUAUCUCCUAUUUCCAUAACUUCCUCUUUGUUUAACCAAAGUUAUAAUAAUGUAAAUAAUAACUCAAAUAAUGAUUAUUAUCAUUUAGGAAGCUAUAACUAUGGGUUCCACUCCAACAAUAGUGAUACUAAUAAUAAUAAUGUUAAACUAAUGCCAAAUUCACCAUUUGAAGCACUUCCUCCUUUGAUUCAAGGUUCAAAUAACAAUAAUGAAGCCUCUUUAAGCCAAUCAUCACCACCACUUAGCUCAACAACACCUACUUCAUCUCAUGCUAGCGGUAAUAAUGGCUACUUAAUAGGAGGAGGAGCUUCAAACAUGGCUACAAAUGGUGACGGCGGCCGCUCCGGAGUUGCGCCGCUUUCGCCGCCUCAAGAAAAUGGUGGUGGUGGCUUGUUGGGUGCAGUUUUGGUAGAAGCUCAAAGCCUUUGUAACAAUAAUGACAAGUCUAAGAGUGACAAUGAGGAUUCAACUGCAUCACAGGUUUUAUCUCAUAAAAGAAAAUACAUGGUAACUACUGAGGAAUGUACAAAAGAAGAAGAGACUAAUAAUGUGGUUGUGGAGUCAGAUACCAAAAGCAUUGGAAAUACCAUUAAUAAAAUACCCAAGGUUGAUUUGUACUCUUCUCCAUUUUCAACAGGGAAUAAACAAACAACUGAAGAUGAAUUGGAGGAAAUCAAUACCAUGGAUGAUGACUUAUUUGGCCUACUUAAAAACUUUCAAGAAAUGCCAGUUCCAGAUUGGUACCAGAAAAGAGGACAACCAUUGGAACUUGAAACUCAACAAGAUGCUUCAUUGGGCCCCAUAGAUCAAGCAUUUUCAACUCAUGACAGUUUUUGGAGAAACAUGCCCAAAUAUUGA